AUGCCGACCCAACAAAAUAUCUGUCCGUCAUGCGGCAAGCCACAGUUGAAGCGAAGAUUCGACUGGAGGGCCAUUCUCUACGCCAUUUUGUGUUUCCCUUGUGGAAUCUACUGUUGCCUUCGAAGGAGAAGCCGUUACUGUCGUGGAUGCCAUUGCGACGUGAGUUCAUUUUGCUUUUUUUAAAAACAUUAUUCAAUUGUUUGUGCCAUUAGUUUUUAACAAUUAUUGAGCAAUAAGAAAAAUGUUAUCUUUGGACUGUGCACCUGUAUAGGUGGCUUAGGCCUAGUCUAUGUCGAAUAUUUUUCUCGUAAUUCAUAAUAGUUAUUUGAAAAAUCAACUAAGAAAUGAAAACGCUUUCAAAUCCUUAAUAUCAACAAAAAUCCCUUCAUUUUUUUCUCAGAAUUUUUUAAUCUUUCUGGUAUCAUUCUUACAAGGCUCAAAAUUAUCCUAUUUUUCUAAUUUUCCCAUGUCGGCUCACAAUUUUAUCGCAGUUUUCUCCCAUUCCGAACACCACUCAAAGGGACAAAUACACUUUUCCACCGUAAACAAAUCGAUGAUGUCAGGAGUAAACAGGCCAUGCGGCAGCUGAUCUGCACAAAACACAUCGAAUUGGCAGAAUUUCUUUCAACUGAAUAGAAGUAAAAAAAAAAGUUGGUAGCGCCAUGAAAAUGUUGAUUUUAUUAGUCAGUUUUCUGAAGGAAAAAAAAAUGAUUCAUGACUGUAUAUAUAAUUUGUUUGAAAUGGACAUUGUUAGAAGAAAAGAACUUCCUCAGAGAAGGUUGCGAGGGAAUGAUGCCGAUUUGAUUUUUAAACUAGGUCCUUUUCAUCGAAAAAAUUGAUCGAAUUGGAAAUAUCUCCCAUCCGUCUUUUUAUUAGAAUAAACAAACUCAAGGCCUUAUAUCAUUUUUGGUUCAUUCACAGCUAUCUGGUGCCGCACUUCGCCUUUCAAAGUCGCUUCAAGAUCUAAUGCCUCAUUUUUGCAGGUGAUUCAGUCUGGCGAACGGCCGAUCGGCCAAGGCCUCGGCUACCAGUAUCGUCACUACCAGACGACGCACAAGGGUCUCGCGCCGCAGGAAAUCAGCGCCUACCGUAACCACGCACUGUCGACGUCCUCAACCAACGGCACUCUUGAAAGGGACCGAACUCAGAGCGUCUCUUCGGAUAAGCAUCUCAUUGACACUAUCUAA